UACAUAGAUACAAAUACACAUACAGCCAUUGCCAGCGGCAGUCAAACUCUUAAAGCGGCGCAAAGUUUGAGUACAAAUAGACUUUGCAAGAAGUCAACCAACCCACCAACAACAACAACACACCACAAACAACAAUUAACAGGCAGGAAGAGAGUGAAACAGCAGCAGCAGCAGCAGCAGCACAGCAGCACUACAACGACAGCAGCGAAAAGCUACAACGGGUGAGAGUGGUGGGCGAUCUGCACUUUUUUUUCAGUAAGCUAUUGACAGUUGACAACGCAAGACGUGCGCACAGUGGUGAAUAUCAACGACGGCAACGCGUCGCUGCUGCUGUCGACGGCAGUCGAUGAACGCGAAACGCAUAUAAAAAUACUAUCAAAACACAAACAGCAACAAACUAAACUAAUUUGCAUAUUAAAAGAGUGAAACAAUAGCAACAACAAGUGAAUCAAAAUAAAAUGCAACGCACCAAUAUAGAGUUUGAACGUCAACGUCAUUUGGCCAAUUGGCUAGUGAAGAGCAGUCCGCAUAUGGCUGCUGCAGCAGCGGGCGCAGCAGCAGCAGCAACAGCAACAACAACAGGAACACCCAUUAAUGCAGUUAACGCUAGCGCUGGAGCAGCGUCAGCGCAAACUGCGCCUGGCAACAGCGUAGUUGCAGCCUGUAACGGUGCCGCAGCUGUUGGUGCACAUCACGUCAUGCCGGAGGCGCGCAAGCCCAAACUGCGUCGCUUUAACUCCCACGAAACCAGCAGCAAUAUGUUCUCCGUUGCGGACUUUGAGAACGCGCGUCUGGCGCGGCGCAAUGAGAUUGAGCUGAAGCAGCGCAUGGCCAGAAGGCAACGCAAUAGCGCCAAUGGCAGCUACGGCUUGGGCAGCUACGCCUGUCCCAGCAGCAAUGGCUACAGCGGCUUCUGUGGCGGACUCAAUGGCAGCGGGGAUUACUCCACAGGUGAUAGCAAAUGCAGCAGCAGCAGUGAGGAACCAUUGCCCGCUGAGGUUUUCCUCGAGCGUUACUUGUUGCCACGUGUGGCACGCAUUUUGCACUCGAACAUAAGCAAAAGCUCCAAUGAAACGCUGCAGUCAAGCUCAUCACAUGGCUCCUCCACAGCUGCCAGCAGCAGCAGCUCAGUGGGUUUGAAGCCAGUGCAAACGAACGAUAAUACAGGCACUGGCACCACGGGCACUUCUUCAUCCAGCGGCGGCAGCAACGCUCACAAUACAACGCACAACUCGGCUGGACAUGAUGAGCUCUUCUUGCUCUACAGGAUGGUGCGACAGCGUCAGAUCUAUCAUGGCUACAAUGCCAAGUCGCAGGCAUCGCAGCGCAAGAAGGUGGUGCUGAUACCCCAGGAGUUUCCAGGCUACUUUUCGCUGCUGAACGAGAAGGGAAUGCCCACGGCGACGCAGUAUAAUUCACUGAUGCAGCUGGUGCGUGAACGUGUCUACAAGUUCGCCUCGGUGGACAACAUGGCAGCGUUUAGCGAGUCGACGAACAGUCCCAGCAGCACUAGUCCCAGUCACGAGGGUUGCCUGCCCGCGAGCAAGAGUCGUCCGCAGUACGUGAAGACGACGGCGCGGGGCGGACAAGUGUUUCGUCUGCUCGCAGUCUUUGAGGAUGGCAAGCAGGAGCAGCAACAUGGACUCAAUCAGUCGAGCUUGAGCAGCAACAACAGCAAAUCACAGCUGGGCAGGGAGAAGGAAAAGGGACGCUAUGCGCAGCUGUUGAAUGAGCAGCGUCAAGUGCUCUACGUGCCGCUCUCGACCAAAGGCAAGUUCUAUGAGAUUGAGCCUGGGAUACCGCAGCUGCUGCAGAAGCUUGGAGAUGCGCAGCGCAAGAUGCAUCCGGAGUGUGUGCAUCGUCUGGGAGCGCUGAUGACUGCAGCGAAGCAAUUACCAUUGAUGCUGCGCUAUAUAACGGGACCGGCGGGCGCAGAGAUUCCCGAUCAGCUGUGCAUUACCCAAGUGACAAAGGAGGAUGUGAUCAUAGCCUGUCCCAUUGAGGAGCUGGAUGCGCAGCCUCAGCAGCUGCAGCUGCGCAAGCUUUACCUAAAUCCCGAUAUGCAGCUGCUCAAGUGUCUGCUGGGCUUUGAGUCGGAGCAGCGCAUGCUGGCGAAUGCCCAAGUGCAGAAUAUGCUGAAGUUCUGUCAGUUCAACUGCGAUCAGUUUCUGAAGCAGGUGGAGGUGGAGCUGCUGCAGCGCCAGGAACGCUCGGGCAGCAAAACACGCGAGGGUUUGAAGAUCUUGAAGCCGCUGCAUUUGCCCAAGCUGCUGCGACGCGAGAAGAGCAGCAUGGCAGCCACAUCUGCGCAUGAGAAAGAGGAUUCGAUUAUAUUCCUCAGCAAGAACGACUUGGAGCAGCUGGAGGCCAGCAGAGAGAUUUCACCGCAGAGCACCAAUCGCAUUACCGAACGCAUGAAGGUGUUCCAAACAACCAAAAAGAAAUGGUUCCGCAAGCAGCAGCAGCAGCAGCAACAACAGCAGCAGGAGGACAAGCUGCCCACGGAGGAGCUGCAGCUGGACGUGCAGGCCAAGCGCAUGAGCAUGGAACGCUAUACGGACAUGUCCAAGCUGCUGCAGCAACGCUUUGGUAAUCAGCAGGAGCAGCUGCAGCUGCAUCCAGCAGCUCCGGAUACGCAGUCGCUGCACAGCGAAACGGAAACCACCAACUUGACCAACAGUCUGGAGCACAACUCCAUGCCCAAAUCGUUGGAUACGCUGCUCCAAAAGUCGAUGUCGCUGCAGGAUAUUGAGCUGCUGAAUGGCAAGCGUCAGCAGCAGCGUCCGGAUCUGCUGGCCGCCACUGAAUCGGAUGCUAUAAGCGAGGCUGGCAAUGAGCUGGAGGAUGUGGAGAAUCAAACGCCGCCGCCGCAGUCGUUUAUUACCGAAAAGCUUUACAAUGAGUUUCAUGUCAAGACGCGUCAGUAUAGCAAAUCCUCCAGCAGUUUGCAUCAGCUGCGUCACUUCUCGUUGCCACAAAAGAUGCAACUGCAUGAUGCGGAGCGUGAGGAGAAGCGUCAAGUGAAGUUGCAGCAGCAGCAGCAGCACACUAAGGAUUUCCAGCUGGGUGAGCCCAUUACAGGACGACGCGCUGCUGGCGGCGUCUCGCUGCUGGGUGGACUAAUGACGCCCAUGCCCACAGCGCUGUACAUUGAGGAUGACUUGCCGUACUCGAGCGUGCGUGAUUCGCUUGUGAUAAGCAGCCAAGGCAGCGUGGAGCAGCAGCCGGCGCAGCUGAUGCCCACAGCGCUGCUCGAGGAUGACACCAAGGAGAAUAUCUAUGCGGAAAUAUGCGGCAGCUACAGACCUGCCACAGCUGCUGCUGCUGCGUCAGCUUCAGUUUCAGUUGAGGACGAUGAUGAUGGUGACUAUGCCUCACUCAAGUAUCAACAUCAACCCAAUGGACCGCAGUCCAUCAGUCGUGUGGAGAUUAACCACUGCACGCCCGCCAAUAGCGCCAUUAGCUAUCACACCGUCUACCUGGGGGCGGAACCUCUGGGUGAGCGUCAUGCAGUCGCCAAAGCAGCCGCUUCGGCUCAGCAUAUAACCACCGUGGAGCUGGCGGGUGAGGAUAACAUAUACAACACGCUCAAAUGAUGAUUCAUGUGAUUUCGGCGACGUCGUUUAGCCGGCGCCAAGGGGCUAUUUUGAAUAUAUAUCUAUGUAUUUUUUCUUUAAUUUUAAUUUAACAUUAAGACGAAAGGCGAACAAAGCUCUAAAUGCUUUAAAGGAUUCAGCUUAAAACAUAUUUUAGUUAAACUUGCAAGCAAAGUUGAUCGAUCAGUCAACUCACAAGAACAAUAUAACGACUUUAUAUACAUUAUAAAAAAAAAUUAAUAAAUUUGAUAGACUGUAGUUUUAGCUUAUAUUGGGGUCGUGGUUACAAUACCCAA